CUUUAGCAUCGCGGCCUCCUCUGAAGGACAACUGUCUCGUUCUGUUUGCGCCGGGGUCGUACGUCAAAGGACCGUUAAUUUAGCCGUCAUGGCAGGACACGACAAUGGAUCUCAGCGCAAUUUCACUGGAAUUGCCAAAUACUUCAAUUCAUACACCAUAACGGGAAGGAGAAAUUGUGUUUUGGCCACAUAUGCCAGCAUUGCAGCCAUCAUUCUCAUCUACAAAUUCAGGCCCAAGAAACAACCUGCUGUCACAGAAAAGUAGCCACAAACUACACUGUGUUUCCAUUUGAUCGAUGUUUCCAUCACCCGGAAGAGGCGAGAGCAGCUUGAUUUAAAGUGUUUGAUUUAAUGUUGACAAUAAAGAAAAUGGAUGCUCCGAACACAAAAAAA